AUGGACACUACACCUGCACCAUCUAGAGCCACCAUGCUGCCGAACCAAACCCCUAAACGAGCCCGAAGUUCACCUACUCCUAGUCCAGCAGACAUAGAUAGCGUGGAAAGGGAAGACGAGUCUGAAAGUGAAAAGAGAAGGGGAGUGCCCUCUCUACGAGAGCGUUUACCUAUGUCUGCUGGACUAGGAGUAGGAGAACCUCGGGCUCGUGUAGGGGUUUGGUUCGGUAGCGUGGUGCCUCCAGAUGGUGCAGGUGUAGUGUCCAUAUUUCCCAUAGAUAUUUUUUAUAUCUUACAUACAGUGACAUGUGACAAUGGCGAAAUGGUCAAAUUUGUUAUUCUGAAGCAAUAG